CACUUCUCUAAGCAAUCAUUCUAGGGAUAAACAUGAAGUUAAAAUCUCAUCCGAUUUGGUCUUUAAUUAUAGUAUGUGUCUUUAUUAGGUCUGGAGAAACAGCAGUUCCCCAGGUGACAGGACUGACACCACAAUGUGGAAGCAUCAACGGUGGGACACGAAUUACCGUGUCAGGGAAGAAUUUCGCUCGCAAUUAUUUCAACUUUGGAGAUGGCAAUGACCAGCUGGGAAGCAAGGUGACUUUGGCUGGAGAUACAAGCAGUUAUUCUUGUGAACUUCACCCUGAUGGAUCCCAUGAGACGCAGAUCACAUGUUACACUCAACCAAUGCCUAUAGGAACGUAUCAAGUUAAAGUUUCUGUGGAUGGCGUGGAUGUGCCUGACGCCAACUAUUGCACAAAGGCUAAUAAUUGCCAAUUUUCGGUCUCAGCUGACUGCACACCUACUAUCUUGACAUUGAAACCCUCGUCCGGGCUACCUGGUGAAUUUAUUGAGCUAACAGGUAAUGUCAUCACUGACAAAUAUGGAGCUAAUGAGCCUGAUGAGACACGAGCUAUGAUACUCAGAGUUUAUUUUGGUGGACAGAAAUGUGAGAUAAGAGACAUCCAGAAUGACACUCUUUAUGGAUUAACCUUUGAUGGUAAUAAUGGAUAUAUGAAAUGCAAAACAGAAGGAACUUAUAUAGGUAAUCAGGAUGUCAGCUUUCUUGUCAGCAAUGAGUUUGGCAGAUCAUUACCUGCGAGUACACUGAAACAAGUCCAUCGCAAUGGUAUUGGAAUGUAUCAGACAUUUACAGAGAUUUCUGAAUUGUCAUUGCAUGAAGGCAGCACAGAAGGAAAUACACUAUUAACUAUUAAAGGAAAAUACUUUGAUGAAACUGAGGCUAAAGCAAAGGUCUUUGUUGGGGAUAAAGAGUGCAGAGUUCAGCCACCCAUCACUGACACAGAAAUCACAUGUAGGACACCAAAAGAUUCAUCAGGAAGCAUCCAGCAUUAUUCAGGCAAUAGAGGAUUCUAUGUUUACAUACAAAAUGGAACAACUGAUGCAAGUAGCAUAGACAGGAGUAAAGCCACUGUAGUAACAAUUGACCAGAGUAGUUGGUCAGCAUCUAACAUGGGGGCCCAUGCCCUACAAAUGGUGGGAUACUUUGCCCCAUUGAACUCAGGCUAUUACAAAUUUUGUGUGAAAGCUGCUAGCUCUGCAACUCUGUACAUAAGCAAUAACACUGACCCAAGCAACAAGGUGAACAUUUUUACAGGAAGUUCUUGUUCUAGUGAAUCAUCUCCAGUUUAUUUACUUGCAGAUGAGAAGUAUUAUACAGAAGUUUACUACGGGAGCAAUGCAGCCAACUCAUAUGUGACCCUUGUUGCUCAUUCAAUGCAAACAGAUUUAACUCCUGAGAAGACUGGUUUAGCAGCGUAUGAAGUACAGCAAAUUGUGUUUACAUCAUCUGUCAUUGAUGAAGUCCAGAGUGUCAAUGUAGUCACCUCAGGCACUGCUAGUGAAUCUACCAUGGAUGUUCAAACAAUUGUCUUUGAGAAUAACAGAGAUUUUGUUGUUUUAGGGCUUGAUGGAGUAUUUACAGUUCCUCUUCAGAUAAAUUUGCUGACAAGCUCAAAUCUCCUGACAGAGUUGAAAAAUCUUCCAAGUGUGAUAUCUCUUGUGAGCACUGAUGUCAAGGUCAGCUCUAGCCAAACUACAAUUACAAUAACAUCUGACUCAACACAAGGAGCAAUAAGCACUUUUGAAGGAAAAUUGAUUAGCAGUAACUUGAAUGACACAACAUUUACUGCAGAGAGAACUGGUUUAGGAAAACCAAAAUUAACUACUUUUACUUUAACCAUGGAUGAUAUCCCAACCAAACCUAUUAAGAUUGGUGCAACCAGCACUGAGGUACAAGUGGCUGUUGAGGAACUCUUCAGUGUUAGAUGUCAUUCAAUACUGACAACUGGCACUUAUGUAAAUAGUUAUGAAGAUGCAUCUCGUAGAGUAUCAAAUGUUGAACCAUUUUGUGGACGCUACGCAGCCAAAAACCCUACCUAUGCAUAUGACAAAGGAUCAACUACUGGUUUGUCUGUGUCAACAUCUAGCAAUAAAUUUAUGUGUUUGGCAUACAAAGGUAAAUUGAACUAUCUUCAAGUUUACUUUGCAUACAAAGAUUCAAAUUUUAAAGAUGCUACUACAAAUGGAGUGUUCUAUAUGGCCAACAAAACACCUGAUAAAUGGACUUUCUGGUGUGGUGAUGUACUUAGUCUAUUUAAUUCUAAAGCAUCUGGAACUGCUGUCAAAAUUGAAUAUGUUGUGGUUGUAAAUCUGGAUUCAUCUCAAGAUGUCUACAUUGAUCAGCUGAUAUUUAACAAAGUGUCCUUAUUAGAAACAGUUAAAGCUGAAUAUAUCGACUUAUUGCGAAUGCCACAAGUUCAACCCAAUGGAGCUUUUAUUAACACAGUCAGUGUUAGUGGAGUUUAUCCCUCUUACAAAAUCACUCUGAAGCCUCACAACUGUGGCUACAACUUCCCUCUCUUUGGAGUGGCCUCUGCAACGGAAGGAGUUGAUUCCACAUACAGCAUCAGUAAUGGAGGCUCUGUUGUUGUCAAUAUUUCUUCUGUAUCAGCUGCAUCCCCUCCUAUAGCUGGCAGUUACAGUGUAACAUUUAAUGGUGAUACAACACCUGAUCCAGUUCAAGUAGCUGACAUUGUGUCCCCUGAUCCUUUGAUUGGUGCAUUGAGUUCAAUGUCUGUUGGCUUUGCUGAUGUGAAAGCUUCAGGAACCUGUUCAGCCUUUACAUUUACAGUGACCAUGUCAUCGCUCCCUGGAGAUCAACCAUUAUUGAUGGUCAAUAGCAGUGGCUUAACUGGCAUCAAUGUCAAGGUAGAAGUCAACACACUCACCAAUGGUGGUGUUUGGCUGAAUCCAAUCAUGGGGGACCUGUUGCGAACAUAUCAUCAAACUCCUCAAGUGAUUGCCUUUAUUAAUAAUGUUCCAACUCGAUGCCAGGAGAAUAGUAACUGUGCAUUUACCUGGUCAUUAACUAAGACACCAGUUGUUACAGCAAUUACACCAAUUAAUGGCUCCGAGGGUCAGAGUGUUAACAUCAGUGGAAGUGGUUUCGAUGAUUCAUCAAUAUCAAAUAAUGAAGUUCUCAUUGGAAAAACUCCUUGCCUAGUAAAUACAGUGAACAGCAGUUUGAUUCAGUGCACACUUGGUAAUGGUGCCACUGGGCUGGCCAACAUUUUUGUCACAGUUGCUAAUAAAGGCUUGGCACAGAGUUCUGUUGAGUUUACCUACAUCACUGGCAUAAGCUCAUUCUCUCCAUCUUCUGGAAGUGUUGAAGGUGGAACUCUGCUGACAAUAAAUGGCUAUGGUUUUACUUCUGAUGUGGAUGUGACUAUUGGUGGACAAAAGUGCAUUGUUAACAAUCUGACUCAGGCAGUGAUUACCUGCAGAACUCCCAGAUCUAAUAAUUUUACUGAUGAUACCAAUGAGGAAAUACUUGUGGCACAAUUAGGGAGCUCAAUUACUGCAGGCAAUUUCAACUACAAACUUUCUGAGACUCCUGUUGUAGAAUCUAUUUCAGUAUCUUCUAGUAAUGUUUUAGGUGGUAAAUCCAUUACUAUCAAUGGCCAAGGCUUUGGUAAUACUCCCAUGGAAGUGAGUCUUGGACCUGGCAAACUGAAUGUGUCUAGUUAUGCAGACAACCUUAUUAUUGCCACUCUCCCAUCUCUCCCUGCUGGCUCCUAUAGGCUUCUAGUUGAUAUAUCAAACAAAGGAUAUGCUGAUUUAAGAACUAAUAGUGUUCCUGACAUAGUGUACACUUUUGAAGUUUUGAGCAUGACGCCAAACUUUGGUUCACUGUAUGGAGGCACAGAUCUUGUCAUUACUGGCAAUGGCUUUAGUUUAAAUAGCUCACAGAUGUCUGUUGCUGUUGGAACACAUCAGUGUAACAUCAUGGACCUGACAGAGACAUCUAUCAAAUGUAGAAUUGAAGACACUGGAAAGUAUCACACUGUCUCAGCUACUGGGAUACACAAACUUUUAGGUUAUGGUUAUGCCUGGGAUAAAGAUCCUAUCACAAUCCAUGUGGGGGACUACAUUACCUGGACUUGGCAAACGCCUCAGUAUGUCUCUGAUAUAGCAUACAGUAUUCAGCAGACUGCAACUCCUUAUGACUUAGUUGCUUUGCCUGGUGGAUUCAGUUCAGGGACCAAGACAAGAAGUGGAAGUUUUACACAUCGUUUUACAACAGUUGGAAACUUCUAUUACUGGACUGGUUACAUGGACUCUGAGAGCAAUAUAUACUUUAGAGGAACUGUUCUGGUUGUUGAACAUACAUCCUACUCAGCACCAUUAUCUGUUCAAUUCACAAAAUUUCAAGCUAAACAAAUAGUUAGUUCAGUAAAUAACACAAAUGAAUCUGGGUGUCAACCUUUAGUUGACCCUUUGUCUGGAUGUGUGGAUACAGUACAACCUACAGAACUCUCUGAUGUAUUCACAUUUAAAUUUCUAAAGUGCUACUCCCCUUAUGUUGAUGCUAUCAACUUAGAUCAUGGGACAUUUUCAGAUGUCAUUACUUUUGAUGGUAAUGGCUUUGGAACAGAGGUUUGUCAAAAUGAAAUAAUGUUUGCCAACUCCAAGAGUAACAUUGUUUCUAGCAACAAAUAUUCCAUUAAUUUUACUAUCUCUGCAACUGGAGAACCACCUAUAGGAGAACUUCUACAGUUUGUUCCAAGGAUUGUCAAUUUAGGUUAUGCUCUGAUAGCUAUCCCUAGUGACAAAGGUCGUAGAUUUGGAUUACUACCAAAAAUAUUGAAUAUAUCACCUGCUGAAGGAUCUUAUGCUGGUGGAACGCUACUGACUAUCACUGGAGAAGGUUUUGGAAAUGAUGUGAACUCAAUUAUAGUAGAAUUAACUUCUCUUUCCUGUGAAGUCAAGUCAGUAAACUACUCAACAGUCAUUUGUGAAACUAUUUGUGAAUCAACCUGUCAUUCAGGGAAUGAAAGUAUUCAGCUAACCGUGUCUAAGAAAACUGGAGUGUUCCCAGCAUCUUGUGACCCCUCAGUUUGUAUGUUCUCUACAUCUGAUGACCUAACAGCUAUAGUUACAGAUAUAGUGCCAGCAGAAAUAAAAGAUGAAUCCACAGUUCUGACCAUAUUUGGAUCUAGCUUUGAUACCACAGCUGAAAAUCUGAAGGUCCUGAUUGGUGGACAAGACUGCCCAAUCAAGAAUGUUGAAAACAGUACUCAGUUCACUUGUACUCUAGGCAGACUUCCUGUGGGACCACAUAAGGUCAAGGUGUAUGUUGAUAGCAAUGGUUUAGCUUUUACAACUAAGAUAGUAACCAGCAAAGCAGUGGCUAGUAUAUCUUCCCCUAGUGAUAGUGGCAUAUAUGGUGGAGCCUUGAUGGUGAUAGAUGGCAAUGGUUUUACCCAACAAACCUCAGUCAAAGUGGACUCUACAGUUUGUAGUAUAGUCAACAUUUCAUUGUCUCAGGUGAAAUGUAUACUGCCAGCUCAUGCUGAAGGUUCCAUACCAGUAUCUAUAAUCUCUAAUAAUGUCCAAUAUAGUUCAUUGAGUUUAAGUUACAGCCAGACAUCUACACCAAAAGUAACUAGCAUAAAUCCAGACAGUGGACAGAGUAACACAGAGAUCACAAUAACAGGAACUGGAUUUAACUCGCCAGUCGUUGGAGCAACUCCAGAAGUCAAGAUUGGUGGUGUUGCUUGUACCAAUGUGAGAGACACAAGUGCUACAUCCAUCACUUGUACCACUGGACCACAAAAUACUGGAGUCUUUGGUGUACAAGUGUUUGUGGAACAGAAAGGAUUCUCCAAUAUAGAUAAACAAUUUACUUAUCAGCUCAGUCCCUUCACUAUCAGUCCUAGUCAAGGCUCCACCAACGGAGGUCAGUUGGUGACUUUAACUGGCUCAGGUUUCCUUCAAGGAAAGACCUCAGUGACUAUUUGUGGAUCUCUGUGCCUAGAAGUCAGUGUUACAACCUCACAGUAUGUCUGUAUGACAUUACCUUUUACUGGUACUUCCCCUAACUGUAAUGUUAUCGCUGUUGUUGAGGGUGUGAUUGUGACUAAUACAUCUUCCUAUGUGUAUGACAGUACUCUAAAUUCAAAUGUUACAUCAGUCAGUCCUGCUCGAGGUGGCACUGGUGGCGGAACUCUGCUAACUAUAACUGGAACAAAUUUUGGGACAUCUAUUGGUGAUAUAUCUGUCAAAAUAUCUGGUGUAGCUUGUGAUGUAACAGAAGUUACUGACAAUCAAAUAAAAUGCAGAACAGGAGCAGCCAGUUCUGGAAACUCACUUGUAGAAGUUAACCGUCUUAACUGGGGUUUAUCUAAACAGAUCAGUGCUGCAUUCCAAUAUAUUGAUUUGUGGUCCAGUCCUUACACAUGGGGUGGAGAGUCACCCCCAGCUGAUGGAGAUUUUGUGGUAAUUCCAGCCAAUCAAAUAAUUCUAUUAGAUACAAAUACUACAGUAUUGAAGAUGCUCUUGAUUCAAGGUCAACUCAUAUUUGAUGAAGCUAAUGUUGAACUUCAAGCUGAGAAUAUUCUAAUAACUAAUAAUGGCCUACUACAGGUUGGUUCUGCUGAGAAACCAUUCCCUAAAGAGUACAAGGCAUAUAUUACAUUACAUGGCCAUUUGAGAUCUAAAGAGUUACCUGUGUAUGGUACCAAGACUUUGGCAGUAAGAGAGGGAACAUUGAAUCUAUAUGGUAGUCCUAAAAAUGUUGUCUGGACACGACUUGCUAGUACUGCCACUGCUAAUAGUACAACUUUAACACUUGAACAUGAUGUGGAUUGGUCACCUGGAGAUGAAAUAGUGAUAGCCACCACUGGAGAUAAAUUCAGUCAGAAAGAAACUGAAGUUCGAACUAUUGUAUCAGUCAGUAAUAAUACAGUUACACUAGACAAACCCCUUGACUAUGAGCAUUUAGGCAUUGUUGGAUCUUUUGGUGGCAGAGAAGUUCACUUUAAGGCUGAGGUUGGUCUACUGACUAGAAAUGUGAUUGUCCGAGGGCAUCGUAAUGUAGAGUUUGACACAACCAUCCCAGCUUGUGCCGCAGGAUUUGAUCCAGGUGAAUUUGCUGUCCAAACUUGCUUUCAAGGACGUUUUGGAGAAGAACUUGGCUCUGAUCAAUUUGGAGGUCAAAUUAUGAUUCAUCAAAUGGAUAAGGACACGCAAGUAGCUCAAGCUCACCUUCAGUUCAUAGAGGUCACUUUUGCUGGACAAGCUUUCAGACUCGGACGUUAUGCCAUACACUUCCAUAGGAAUGGUAAUAUGGACAAGUCAUUUGUCAGAGGCUGUUCUAUUCACAAAAGUUUUAACAGAGCUAUCAACAUACAUGGAUCUCAUAAUGCUUUGAUUGAGUACAAUGUUGUCUAUGACAUCAUGGGUGGUGCCUUAUUCUUAGAAGAUGGCGAUGAGGUGGGAAACAUCUUCCAGUACAAUUUGGUUCUCUUUGUUAGAGCCUCCACCUCACUACGUAAUGAUGAUAUAACACCUGCUGGAUUCUGGGCUACCAAUCCCAACAAUACUAUACGCCACAACAAUGUUGCUGGAGGAACACAUUUUGGUUCCUGGUAUCGAAUGCAUGUAAAUCCUGAUGGCCCAGGCUUCAACCCAAAUAUUUGUCCACAAGCCACUCCUCUUAAAGAAUACUUUAACAACACUGCCCAUUCACUUGGCUGGUUUGGGCUUUGGAUUUUUGAAACUUACGUUCCAAGAGUUGGCGGCAGCUGUAGAUCAGAUGCUGCCCAUCAAGUAGCCAAAUUUUCUGGUUUGACAGCCUGGAGCUGUGAGAAGGGAGCUGAAGCUGUCAACAUUGGAGCUGUUCAAUUCCAUAAUUUUACUUUGGUCAACAAUCUGCUUGCUGGCUUUGAGAGUAAGCUCAUAAUCCAGACACCUCCUCAAUAUGAUGCCCAAAAUGGACCUGGAAUAUUUAAUGCUGUUAUUGUAUCACAUUUUGAUGGUCUCAGAGGAGGCAGUACUGUUGGUGGUGUAGUUGUGCCAUACCAAACAGGAUUUCUCAUCAAAGAUGUCUCGUUUUAUAAUUUCGAUCAGGCAAGUCAUGGUGCCAUCAGCUGGACUCGUAUAACUGGCACAUGUUCUUUGUUUUGUGGUGGCUUUACAGUUGAAUCAGAAGGACUGACUUUUGAUAACUCACCCAAUAAGGUGAAAUAUGAAUGGGAAUCAGAAGGUGUUGUGUAUGAUCGUGAUGGAAGUCUCACAAGCAAUCCAGGCUACAGUGUAGCUCCAUGCACACCUUCUUUUGACAGCAGCAAGUGCUUGCAGAACCAAAACAUGUCAGUCAUCGUACCCGGGUGUGUCUGUACCAGUGAUAUCAAACUAAUGAGGUUCUCCUUUAACAAUGUUGUUCCAAGUAGUUUGAAAGGAAAAGAUGCACUAUUUACUACAGAGUUUGGCACCAGCAAUUCUCCAUUUGCUGCAAAGCGAAUAACUCAUCCUCAAGGAUGGGCUUUUGUGAUGAUGGCCAAUCAUUUCUAUAAAUUUUCUUUUAAAGAUGCUGAUAAGAUGUAUAAUAUCAGUUUUGAUGGUGUAAUGUACAGAUUUAAUACUGGAGAUUUUGUUGGGCUUACACAAUAUGCUGAAGCCCUACCAGAUAAAUUUUCUCUUGAUGGACAAACAAAUCUGGCCAUGUCACCAACUAUGCUCUCCACUGCUGACGUUCAAAAUGGGCAGUGGUUUUAUAAUGAUACAGAGAGAUCCAUUACAUAUGCCAUUAAAAAACAAAGCAGAAAGAAAAGAGCUAUUUUCUUGACUAACAGAGAGAUAAGCCUCAAGACCCGCAUCGUUCGUUGUUUUUACCGAGGUUGUCAAGCACCACCUAAUCCAUUAGAAGUCUUAGAACGUCCAAGUAGUGCUGAAUAUUGGUCUAAGAAUGGUACUUGGGCUUCCAUAACACCAGACGGAUCUGAGCCCAAGGAGUUAAGUGACUUGACCAUACCCAAAAAUAAAUGGAUCAUUGUGGACAAACCCAUACCUAAGUUAGGGAAACUUAUACUGGAAGGUGGACUGGAAUUCUUGGAAGAUGAGAGCAGAAAUGUUCUACUAGAUGUUGAGUAUCUUCACAUCACUGGAAGACUUGUGGCAGGCUGGAAUACUUCAGCUACUCUCAAUGGCACAUUGGUCAUUAGAUUACGUGGAAUUCCAUCCAGCAAACCAUAUCCAACAACUAGUGGACCCAACCUUGGAACUCGAUUUAUUGGUGUAUAUGGUGGCCUUCAGUUACAUGGUAAAGACAGAGGUAUCAUUAAAACUCGUCUCGCCUCAACUGUUGACUCUGGGAAGACAAUAACCGUAACUGAUGCUGUGUCAUGGACUUCUGGUGAUAUCAUUCUGAUCACAACAACAGACUACAAUCCUUCUCAUACAGAGACAUUCACUAUUGAUUCUAUAUCAGGAACAACAAUCACCCUCAAUGAUACUAUCAAAUACAGACAUAUUGCUUACAACAGGACUGUCAAGAAUAAGACCAUCAAUUUAAGUGCUGUGGUUGCUUUGUUGAGUAGAAAUAUAAGAAUAGAAGGUGAAGACUAUGAUAAACUGAUGGCAGACUCGCAUGGUGCUCGUGUUCUUGUGGCUCAGACUGAGUACAAUGGAAGCCAAAUGAGUGGUUUCGCUCAGAUUUCUAAUGUGGCAUUUUAUCAUACUGGACAAGAAGGUUUCAUAGAAAACUAUGAUCCACGAUUUUCUAUUGCAUAUGUUGAUGUCAUCAGUGCACCUGGAACUGCUAGAUAUUCUUAUGUUAAAAAAUCUUCCUUCUACUGUGGUUUUAGUACUGCUAUAGGAGCAUUUGGUGUGAAUGGUCUAGAGAUUGACAAUAAUGUUGUAUACCAAACAGUCCAUGCUGGCAUUCGUACUGAGUCCACUGGAACUAAAAUUACCAACAACCUAGUGACAUUGGGUAUAUGGCCUGGUACCUACAAUGGACGUCUGGAGCUUGCUGACCCUAAAUUUUUUGGUAGUAUUGAAGCCAUUUUAGCUUCGGACGUGGUGUUAACUGAUAACAUUGUGGCAGGAUCUGAAAGGGCGGGUUACCAUCUAAAAGGACAGCUGUGUGAUACAAUAGACAGUAAGCUUUGGAAUGGCAAUGUUGCUGUAGGAACUCUCAUUGGUGUGGUGUUGUUUCCUCUUGAUAAAGCUCUAAAUGAUUCUUGUAUCAUUUACAAUGGUUUUACACUCUGGAAAAAUUUUGAUUUUGGCUUCUAUCAAAAUAAUAUAGCUAAUGUCAUAUACACUAAAAAUAUUUUAGUUGAAAAUGGAGUUGGCAUUUUCCCAAUGGUAGUUGGUCCAAAUCAAGUAACUCACCAGUCUGAAGACAAAUUUGUGGAAGUCAACAACAACAUUUUUAUUGGGAAGACACCCACAUUUUCUGAGACACUUGAUGUCUUAACAAAAACAGACUCACUUAUUAACUAUAGUCCCAAUGCUAGAGGUGAUGGGUCAUUCAGUGCUUGUGGUAAAAUAGGAAUUGAAACUGCCACGUUUACUGGUGGCUCCAAUAUGGCACCAGAAAAACCAUUUGUGAAUAUCAUGAGUUACCCAACAUUGAAAGGAAUCACAAGGUUAAAUGGCAAUGUCUUUAUUGACUUCAAUGCUUGCACUGGUGGAACAGAUCAUGCUGUGACUACAAACAAAAACAAUGAUGAUGGCAGCUUCCCAUUGGUCAUCCAGAAAACAGAGCUAAUUAAUGUGAAUCACUCUAGCAAAGUUUUAUUCCACACUCCCAAUUUAGGUAAAAUCAACCCAGCGGACUGUGUUGACAUGGACUGUGAUGGCCUAAAGAAAUGUCUGAUACAAGAUCUUGAUGGAACUUUCCUGGGUCAUGUGGGCACUGUCCUGCCUAAUUCAGCUUAUGAAUGGAAUGGAGACCCAAGACGUGGACUGGGAGAUUAUAGGAUUCCAUCUGUGAUGCUAGCAUCUAGAACUGCCAAGAAAAUUGAUGUUAAUAGUUUAGCUCCACAUAAAGGUAUCUUUAAAACUGACAACUGUACUUGGUUCACUGAUUGGAAUGCAUUUGAAUGUGGCAAUAGCUACCAAUGGCGCAUGCUAACACUCGAGAGUAUGGAUGAAGAUACUGAGACCAGGAGGCUUAGUCCUGUAGCUAUAUAUAGUCCAGAGGGAUAUGUGGAUCUGAUCAAUGGACCACAGGAUCAUGGAUGGUGCAGUGGCUACACUUGUCAAAGACGUGUCAGUACAUUCCAAGCUAUUGUGGCACUUGAUCAACCUUUUGAUAUUUAUUUAACAAGCACAAACCCCAAUGUCAUGCGUUUCACAUUGUUCAGCUCAGAUCCUAAUGAGUGUGUUAGACUUGGCCUGCAGCUAAUGACAGCUAAUAGACCCGAGGUUCGUGUCAACGAUGUUUUGAAAAUGCCUAACAAUGGUUACACUGAUUCAAAUGGAAGAUUUAGGCUGAAAAUGCAGCAGACUACUGGACAAUACAUGCCAGAUGUUCUAAACAAAACAAACGGAGAAAAUUUCCACAGCCGGGAUGAAAACAUGAUAUUCUUUGUGCUGUGUGGAAACUCAGAGAUCACUGUCACACUGACUGAGGCUUUGGUUGUAUCAUUUACACUUCCAUUAAUGAGUGAAGAAGAUUUCUUUGGGGAAAAAAUUGUUGAAAAUCUGGCAGCAUUCCUUAACAUUAGCCCUAAAAAGGUUCGCAUUGUGAAUAUUGUACGUGCAAGUGGCAGACGCAAGAGAGAAACAAAGUCAGUUACUAUGACGAUACAGGUUGAGAUAUCAAAUGAGCCUGGAGAAAACUCAACAAGUGUUAACUCAACAACAAAUUUUAACUUGACUGCUAUCACUCAACAAAUUUCUGAUCAGAUUGAGAAGCAAGGCUUUGAUAAUGUUCUAAAUGUGACUGUCCUGAGUAUGAGUAUACAAGAACCUGGAGCCUUGAACAAUGAGUCCGUGCCAUUACAGACCCCUGCCAAGUUAGUCAAAGUCACUAACCCUGUUGGGGAUGUUGUGGAGAGAAUGCCAUUGAAAGUUCAGCCCACAUUUAAGAUUGUUGAUAACUAUGAUAAUGUAGUUGAGAGCUUAGGUUACAUGUCCACUCCAUGGGUCAUUACAGCCUCUAUCAAGGAUGACAGUAACUACCAGUCCAAGAUGAAACAUAACUCUGUUCAGUUUGUCAAUGGCUGGGCUAACUUUACAGAUUUGACUAUUCUGUUACGGGGAAGCUACAUCAUAGAGUUUACAAUCACAUCACCAGAAAACAAGAAAGCCACUUUCUAUACCACAGGAAGUCAAGUUGAAAUAUUAGGCAAUGACUAUGAAGCAAAAGCUAAUCUGACAAAUAGCUCAUCCCUGACAAAUACACCCUUACAAAUAGCUGUGGAUCUAAUUAGUAAGGCUGACAAUAAACACCAAGUUGACUUGAACUGGAAUUUCUUCACCUGGUCAGCUAAACUUGCAUUAUUAGAUAACUCUAUCUACUCUGGAAUACUAACUGGAAACCUAAGUGCUUCUAUAGACAACUCAACAGGCUAUGCAAUGUUCUCAGACAUUCAGUUGAGCCAACCAGGAAAGUGUUUUCUCCAGGUGACUGUACAGUCUGAUCCACCACUAUAUAAGUUGACUACCACCAUAGCCUUAGAGCUAAUGAGCAAGGAACAGAAAGAUUUAGUGGUUGAAGAAACACACACCAUUGAACUCAAGUUUGAUAUUGAAUACAGUGAGACCAAUGCCUCACUUUUAAGUGCUCAAAUCAGAAACCAUUACAGCAAAAUGCCAGGAAUUCGUAUCAAAUCUGAUAGAUAUAAACGAGGCAGUAUUAUUGUAGUGUUAGAAAUAGAAGCAACAUCCAGUGGCUACAACCAGACCCUAAGUUCAAUGUGUGACAGCGUUGUCAAUGGUCAAGUCAUCACAUUUGCUGGAACAACUAUAAGUUUAUCAAAAUCCAUUAUUAUUGAUGGAAGCUCAUACACCAGUGGAGCAUGUAGUGCGCUGCAGGUUCUUGAAACGUCAACAACCACAGCUACACCUGGAGAUUCCUCCUCAGAGUUUCCUGCCAAGUACAUUAUCAUCAUUGUUGUCUUGUCUGUACUGCUGUUGGUUAUCAUCUUUAUACUGGUCUUCAAGUUGUACAUUCAGCCUAAGACAAAAACUCAUUCUUUUUUCAACACCCAUAAUGACCACAUGGAGUAUUCUUUGAUGAGCAAAGAGGAUACAUUCAACAGUUUCAGAGCCCAGAGCCCAUCAAUGCCUCCAGUGAAUACAACCAAUGCACAGCUGACUUUAUAAUGUUACUUUCUAUACCAACAGCACUAAGAUUUAGUAUAAUUUAAGUUUAUUCAUUUUUUUUUUCAUUCUGCUUUUUUUUUUUCUGCAUACCUUAUUUUGUUUCAUACUUUUGAUCUAAUCCUUUGUAUGUAAGGUUUUGAAUGUUAUUCUUCUCUGUGAUAAACAUGUUGCAUCUUUUGACACAGGUUCCUAUAUUUCAACCACCAGUAUUGUGUAUAUCUCUUCUAUUUAUGACCUAUAUAUAUAUAUAUAUACAACAAAUGACAACAGUCACAGCUGUGAGUAUUUGGUUCAGGUUGGAAAAUGUCAAUAUCAGAUUUUGUUGAAAUCAGUUUAUGCAAACUUUUCAUAGCAGAGCCAAUAUUGAGUUUCAAACAAUGUAACCAUUUUCUCCAUGCUGUGACUGAGCUGAUAAAUUCUGUAAAUAGUUUUAUAGAUAUCUUGUAUGCAUAAAGCACCUCAAAAUAAAACUUUUAAGACUUUUUGUUUGUUAGAAUCAUUCGUCUGAAAAUAUCAACAGAAUUAAAUUUUGAUAAAGCUGAUGCUCAGGCUAUACGUUAUGAUAUGAUUUUCUCUUCAACUAACUUGAAUACUGUUUAAAACUGUUCUAGAGAAUGUCAUACAUUCUUUUCUAUUUAAUGAUGCUUCUAAUGAAACUAUGGCAACGAAACAGAACAUUAAAGAAAUAAUACUUUUUUUUUUUUUUUUUUUAGAAUUAUCGUACACCUUUUCACAAUGCUGUGUGUGUUAGUUUGAAGAUCAUUCAAUUUAUUCAUUUAAAAAAUUUUUUUUUCAUUAAAGUUAGAACAAACCAAAAGAAACUUAAUUAUUUAUUGCUUAGAGAAGUGUCCUCAUGAAACUACUUCACACCAGUCUUCAUUCUUGUCAAUGUUGAUUCCAAACUCCAACAAAAUGUGAAUGUAUGAACUUUCUCUUUGAUGCAGAACUGUUAGUGUAGACUAAUAAAGUUGUACUCAAUAAAAUACAAUUAUCAA